AUGGCGACCUGGCAGCGGGGGCGCGGCUGCUGGGAGUGGAGCCCGCCGGAGCCGAGGCCGCGGGCGGGGCCGAGGGGUCCCCGCGCUGAGGAGGAGGCGGUGUCCCCUGCCGUCCUGUCCCUCAGCCACUUCUGCAGGUCGCCCUUCCUCUGCUUCGGGGACGUGCGCCUGGGAGACUCGCGCACGCUGCCCCUGACCCUGGACAACCCCAACGAGGAGGCGGCCGCCGUGCGGCUGUCCCGCGGCCCCGCCGCCGAACGCGGCUUCACUAUCCGGCCGAGCGCCUUCGUGCUGCAGCCUAAAGAAAAAAUUGUUGUUUCUAUUACCUGGACACCAUUAAAAGGAGGCCGAGUAAGAGAGACCGUGACAUUUCUUGUAAAUGAUAUUCUGAAACACCAAGCUAUAUUACUAGGAAAUGCAGAAGAGCCGAAAAAGAAAAAGAGGACUCUUUGGGAUACUAUUAAUAAGAACAAAGUAUCAGCCUCUUCAAGUCAUAACAAGAAGGUUUCAAAUAUUCAAAAUGUGAAUAAAACAUUUAAUGUUUCCCCCAAAGCUGACAGAGUUAGGAGCCCACUACAAGCCUGUGAGAAUCUGGCAACAAAUGGAAACUCUUCCCCACCAGAAAGCAAUCCUUUAAUCCUUGAAGAAAAUAAACUCCCCAUAUCACCUAUCAGCCCCGCUUUCCAAGAGUGCCACAGGGAGACCUGCUUGCCACUUCCUAUUCGUCGAUCUACGACCUACACAUCCCUUCCUGCUUCUGAAAAUGGGGAACUGGUGAAAGCAGAUGGUGCCAACACUGCAAAAGAUUUUCAUUUUAAUGAGAAAGGCAUAACUGAAACUUCCUUUGACUCCAUAGGUAAUGUUAAUAGUCAAAUUGAAGAGAACGGUAAACUUACUCUUACCCCAAAUUAUUCUUCAAGUCUGAACAUCACGCAAAGCCAAGGACAUUUUUUAAGUCCAGAUUCUUUUGUGAAUAAUAGCCAUGCAUCCAAUAAUGAACCAGAAUUCGUGAUGUGUCUCUCACCAGAUACGUUUGUGAAAGGUAAUACAAGGCCUGUGCUUUUGGAAUCAAAAAGGGUACAUGAAAUCUGUCGGAAAAUUUUAAGUCCAGAUUCUUUCAUAAAUGAUAAUUAUGGACUAAAUGAGGAUCUAGAAACAGAGUCAGUCAACCCAAUUCUAUCCCCAAAUCAAUUUUUAAAAGAUAAUAUGGCGUAUAUACAUAGAUUUCAGCAAACAUGUAAAUUGUCGCCAUUAUCUACUGGAUGUUUUCAGGACUCACAGCCUCCUCAAGAUGAGAGAAAAAACGCAGCUGUACCUUGUGUUUCUGAAUGUCAGCAGUUAGAAUCUUCAAAAGCUACUUUUGAAGCAUCCGAAGCUUUAGAAAUGAUGUCAAACUGUUACACUUUUAAAAAACAGAACCAGCCUAAAUUUUCAGCAGUUCAGGAUAUUUCUAGUCGCAACCAUGAUAAACCUAUUAAGAGACGCCCAAUACUUUCUGCCACUGUGACUAAAAGAAAGACCACUUGGGCCGUAGAAAACCAAAUGGAGACUGUUAAACCAAAGGCAAAAAGAUGUCUCAAUGUCGUAGUGGGUGACUGUGAAAAAGAAACAGAUGAUCAAAAACAGAAAGAUGAUUUUCAUCCUUUUCUUCCAGCUAGAGAUUUAAUAUCAAGUAGACCUAAGAGCUCUAAAAAGACAGUAACUCCUCCCUGCAAGGUAGCUUCAGUUGCUCGUAAAAGAAAGAGUGAGGGACACAAAGGAGAUGAAAAUAUGACAGUAACAGUUACAGAAUGCACAGAAGUACAAGAAGUCAAAAGGAUCCAUUUUUCUCCUGUGGAGUCUAAAACAUCAACUGUUAAACACACAAAAAAAGUGGUAACCACCUCCUUGAAACGUGUUAGCCACAGAGAGAAAUUAAACCUGAAGAAGAAAACUGAUUCAUUAGGAUACAGAACUCCUCCCUCUAAAACAAACAAAAGGACAAGACCCUUUGUUCCUGUGGCUCAGUCUCACUUGACCUUCAUAAAACCACUAAAAGCAGGUAUACCUAGACAUCCAAUGCCGUUUGCUGCAAAAAACAUGUUUUAUGAUGAACGCUGGAAGGAGAAGCAGGAGCAGGGCUUCACUUGGUGGCUAAAUUUUAUAUUAACUCCUGACGACUUCACUGUAAAAACAAAUAUUUCUGAAGUAAAUGCUUCCACUCUUCUUCUGGGAGCAGAGAGUCAACGUAAAAUAAGUGUCCCGAAAGCUCCUACGAAGGACGAGGUGUCUCUCAGAGCUUACACCGCUCGGUGUAGGUUGAACAGGUUACGUCGUGCUGCGUGCCGCUUAUUCACUUCUGAAAAAAUGGUUAAGGCUAUGAAAAAGCUUGAAAUUGAAAUUGAAGCUCGGCGGUUAAUUGUUCGGAAAGACAGGCACCUCUGGAAAGAUGUGGGAGAACGGCAGAAAGUCCUGAAUUGGCUAUUGUCAUAUAAUCCUUUGUGGCUACGAAUUGGCCUAGAGACCAUAUACGGAGAACUGGUGCCUCUGGAAGACAACAGUGACGUCACGGGGCUGGCGCUGUUCAUUCUGAACCGCCUGCUUUGGAAUCCUGACAUCGCAGCCGAGUACAGGCACCCGAGUGUCCCUCACCUGUACCGAGAUGGUCAUGAAGAAGCUCUGUCUAAGUUUACAUUGAAAAAGCUAUUAUUGUUGGUUUGUUUCCUUGAUUAUGCUAAAAUCUCUAGACUUAUUGAUCAUGAUCCUUGUCUCUUCUGUAAAGAUGCCGAGUUCAAGGCCAGUAAAGAAAUCCUUCUGGCUUUUUCACGAGAUUUCCUAGGUGGUGAAGGUGACCUUUCCCGUCACCUGAGCUUACUGGGAUUUCCUGUGACCCACGUCCAGAUGCCUUUCGAUGAAUUUGAUUUUGCUGUUAAGAAUCUUGCUGUAGACUUACAAUGUGGGGUGCGUCUCGUGCGAACUAUGGAACUUCUCACGCAAAACUGGAAUCUUUCAAAGAAACUCAGAAUUCCUGCAAUAAGUCGUCUUCAAAAGAUGCACAAUGUUGACAUCGUUCUUGAAAUUCUUAAAUCACGAGGAAUUCCGUUGAAUGAUGAGCAUGGAAAUGCAAUCCUGUCUAAGGAUAUUGUGGACAGACACAGAGAGAAAACCCUGGCGUUGCUUUGGAAGAUAGCAUUGGCUUUUCAGGUGGAUAUUUCCCUUAAUUUAGAUCAGUUAAAGGAAGAAAUUGACUUUUUAAAGAACACACAGAGUAUGAAGAAAACAAUGUCUGCACUGUCAUGCCGUCCUGAUGCUAUUAUCAGUAAGAAAAGAGACGAAAGGCAUAGCGGUCCCUUUGAACAAUACAGUGAAAGUGUAAAGCUGCUGAUGGAUUGGGUAAAUGCUGUCUGUGGCUUCUAUAAUAAAAAAGUGGAGAACUUCACAGUGUCUUUCUCGGAUGGCCGGGUGUUGUGUUACCUGAUCCACCACUACCAUCCUUGCUAUGUUCCUUUUGAUGCCAUAUGUCAGCGAACCACCCAGACCGUGGAGUGCACACACACUGGUUCCGUGGUGCUGAAUUCAUCAUCUGAAUCUGAUGGAAGUUUUCUGGAUUUGUCUCUUAAAUCACCUGAUCAGGAAAAUAGUUCAGAACUAUACAAAGAACUCCUAGAAAACGAAAAGAAAAAUUUUCAGUUGGUUAGGUCUGCAGCUAGAGACCUUGGUGGAAUACCUGCCAUGAUCCAUCACUCAGAUAUGUCAAACACAAUCCCUGAUGAGAAGGUGGUGAUUACCUAUUUGUCAUUUCUUUGUGCAAGGCUUUUGGAUCUUCGUAAAGAAACAAGAGCUGCUCGACUUAUACAAACAACUUGGAGACAAUAUAAGCUAAAAAAAGAUCUAAAACACCAUCAGGAGAGAGACAAAGCUGCAAGAAUUAUUCAAUCAGCUAUAAUCAAUUUCCUCACUAAACAACGAUUUAAAAAGAAGGUCAGGGCAGCAUUGGUCAUUCAGAAAUAUUGGCGAAGAGCCUUAGCAAAGAAAAAACUAUUAAUGUUGAAAAAGGCAAAACUAGAAAGAGUUCACAGUAAAUCAGCAUCUAUUAUUCAGAGACACUGGAGAAGAUACUCCACUAGAAAGCAGUUUCUGAAAUUGAAAUAUUAUUCAAUUAUCCUGCAAUCUAGGAUAAGGAUGAUCAUUGCUGUCGCUUCUUACAAACGAUACCAUCGGGCUACCGUGACAAUUCAGAGGCACUGGCGUGCUCAUGUGAGAAGCAAGCAGGAUCGACAGAGAUAUGAACUGCUAAAAUCAUCCACCCUUGUAAUCCAGUCCGCCUUUAGGAGAUGGAGGCAACGUAAGAGGCAAUCACAAAUAAAAGCUGCCAUAGCAUUGCAAAGAGCUUUCAGAGAAUGGCGUGUCCGGAAACGUGCUCAAGAAGAAAGAGCUGCCGUGGUCAUACAAUCCUGGUAUAGGAUGCACAGAGAAUUACGGAAGUACUUUCACCUUAGAUCUUGUGUUGUCAUCAUUCAGGCAAGAUUUCGGUGCUUUCAAGCCCAAAAGUUAUAUACAAGGACCAGAAAGUCUAUCCUGACUCUGCAGAAGCACUACAGAGCGUACGUGAAAGGAAAGGUUGAGCGCACAGGCUAUUUGCAGAAACGGGCUGCAGCCAUCCGCCUGCAGGCCGCUUUCAGGGGAAGGAAAGCACGUAAGUUAUGCAGGCAGAUCAAGGCCGCUCGUGUCUUACAGUCGUACUGGAGAAUGAGACAGGACAGACUCCGAUUUCUAAACCUUAAGAAAAACAUCAUCAGGCUGCAGGCACACAUAAGGAGACAUCAACAAUUACAGACAUACCAGAAGAUAAAGAAAGCUGCCGUCGUAAUUCAGAUUCAUUUCCGAGCUUACAUCUCAGCCAAGGAAGUUCUGGCCUCUUACCAGAAGACACGUUCUGCUGUCAUCGUCCUGCAGUCUGCGUGCAGGAGAAUGCAGGCCAGGAAAAAGUUUCUUCACAUUCUCACAUGUGUUGUAAAGAUUCAAUCAUAUUACAGGGCUUAUGCUUCCAGAAGAAAGUUUCUGAGGCUCAAAAAGGCUACAGUAAAGUUACAAUCCAUUGUCAGGAUGAAGCAAGCCCGCAAACACUACUUACAUUUACGAGCAGUUGCACAACAGAGAGAACACCUGCGGGCCUCUUGCAUCAAACUGCAAGCUUUCCUCAGAGGGUACCUGGUUCGGAAGCAGGUGAGGCUGCAGAGAAAAGCCGCUGUUGCGCUGCAGUCUCACUUUAGGAUGAGAAGGACGCGGCUGGCCUACCUGAAGGUCUAUCACGCAGCCCUUGUCCUUCAGCGUUACUAUCGUGCGCACCGAGCACGGGCCCAGCAGAGGAAGCACUUCCUGCAAGUCAGAAGAGCCGUGACCUGCUUGCAGGCCGCUUACAGAGGGUAUAAGGCCCGCUGGCAGCUCCAACAGCAAUCUGCAGCUGCUCUGAAAAUUCAAGCUGCCUUUAGAGGCUACCGUCAGAGGACGAAAUACCAAUCCAUGCUUCAGUCUGUGCUCAGGAUUCAGAGAUGGUACAGGACACGCAAGAUCGUUUCUGCUGUAAGAAGCCAAUUCUUCAAAACAAGGACAGCUGCGAUUUCUCUCCAGUCCGCUUACCGUGGCUGGAAAGUUCGGAAGCAGAUCAGAAGGGAACAUGAAGCUGCAGUGAAGAUUCAGUCUGCUUUCAGAAAGGCCAGGGCCCAGAAGGAGUUCAGGGUGUUAAAAACGGCUGCAGCCGUGAUCCAGCAGCAUCUGAGAGCGCGCGCCGUGGGGCGGAGGCAGCGGACGGAGUACAGGGCGCUGCGCCGGGCGGCAGUGACGCUCCAGUCCGCCUGGAGGGGCCGAGCAGCCAGGAGGCGGAUUCAGAACCAACAGAGAUGUGCCAUCAUCAUACAGGCCUACUACCGGAGGCACGUGCAGCGGAAGAGGUGGGAAAUCAUGAAAAACGCGGCUCGCCUAAUUCAAAUGCAUUAUCGGGCUUAUCGUGCAGGAAGAAAACAGCAUCAUUUGUUUUUGAAAACCAAAGCAGCUGCAAUAAUCCUACAGUCAGCUUUCCGAGGUGUGAGAGUGAGGAAGAAAGUGAAGAAGAUGCACCAGGCAGCCACCACCAUACAGUCUAGAUACCGAGCAUACCAAGCCAAAAAGAAGUACGCCAGCUCCAGAGCAGCGGUCGUCAUCAUUCAGAGGUGGUACCGAGGGGCUAAGCUCGCAGGCCUUCAGCGUAAGGAAUAUCUUGCAGUAAAGAAGGCAGCAUUGAAAAUCCAGGCCGUCUAUAGAGGAGUCAGAGCAAGAAGACAGAUCCGGCGCAUGCACGCAGCAGCCACUCUCAUCAAAGCCGCCUUCAAAAUGCAGCAGUCACGGAGGAGGUAUCAGCAAAUGAGAACAGCAGCCGUUGUAAUUCAGGUAAGGUACAGAGCGUACCUCCAAGGUAGAGCUCAGCGUGCAAAGUACCUGAUGACUCUGAAAGCCGUAGCUGUCCUCCAGGCCGCUCUCAGAGGGGCAAGAGUUAGACAGAGCCUGAGAAGGAUGCAGACCGCGGCCACGCUCAUCCAGGCCCGCUACAGGGGGCGCCGACAGCAAGCCUAUUUUAAUAAGUUAAGGAAGGUGACGAAAAUGGUGCAGCAGAAGUACCGGGCAGGGAGAGAAAGGAAUGCACAACUGCGAAGGUACAACCAGCUGAGACUCUCCGUGAUCUGCAUUCAGGCUGCUUUCAGGGGCAUGAGAGCGCGAAGACGCUUAAAAGCCAUGCACUCCGCCGCAGCCGUAAUCCAGCGGAGGUUUAGGACUCUGGUGAGGAGAAGAAGAUUCCUGUCUCUCAGGAAGACUGCCGUGUGGGUUCAGAGAAAAUACCGUGCAAAGGUUUGCGCAAGGCAUCACUUACAACAGCUCCGAUUGCAGAAGGCGGCUAUCAAAAUCCAGUCCUGGUACAGGGGAUGGGUGGUGAGGAAGAAGAUAGAGGAGAUGCACAGGGCGGCCACGGUCCUCCAGGCCGCGUUCAGGAGGCACCGUGCGCGGGCGAAGUACCAGGCCUGGAGGCGCGCCUCACAGGUCAUCCAGCAGCGAUUCCGGGCAGGCCGGGCUGCGCGCCUGCAGAGAAGACAGUACCUCCAGCAAAGACGCUCUGCCCUGGUCCUCCAGGCUGCGUUCAGGGGUAUGAGAAUCAGAAGACGCUUGAAAAGGAUGCAUGCCUCCGCGACCCUGAUUCAGAGCAGGUUUAGGUCUAUAGUGAUGAGGAAAAGAUUCCUUUCCCUCAAGAAAGCUGCUGUUUUUGUUCAGAGGAAGUACCGAGCCACUGUCUGUGCCAAACAUCACUUGCACAGAUUCCUGGAGUUACAGAAGGCAGUCAUUACAAUCCAGGCGUCUUACCGAAGACGGAUGGUAAAGAAGAAGUUACAGGAGAUGCACAAGGCUGCAGCCCUCAUCCAGGCAACCUUCAGAAUGCACAGAGCACGCCUGACCUUUCAGACCUGGAAACAUGCCUCGGUUCUCAUUCAGCAGCAUUACCGGGCCUACAGAGCUGCAAAGCUGCAAAGAGCACGUUAUGUCAGAUGGAGGCUCUCUGCAGUGGCCAUUCAGGCUGCAUUUAAAGGGCUGAAAGCAAGACAGCUUUUAAGGGCAAAGCACAGAGCAGCUGUCAUAAUACAGAGCACGUACAGAAUGUACAGGCAGCGUUUUUUCUACCAAAAGCUUCAGUGGGCUACAAAAGUAAUACAAGAAAGAUAUAGAGCAAGGAAAAGGAAAGCUCUUCAACACGAUGCACUCAAAGCAGCAACCUGUGCCCAAACUGACUUUCAGGAUACGGCCAUAAGGAGACUGGUUCAGGAAAGGCAGCAUCAAGCUGCCAUUACUGUUCAGAAGCAUUUUAGAGCCUUUAAAACACGGAAGCACUAUCUCCACUUUAGGGCAAAGGUAAUUUUUGUUCAAAGAAGAUACAGAGCACUAAUGGCAGUGCGAACCCAGGCAGUCAUCUGUAUCCAGUCUUGUUACAGAGGCUUUAAGGCACGAAGGGGUAUCCAGCGCGUGCACCUGGCUGCCACACAAAUUCAGUCGUGCUACCGAAGGCACCAGGCCAGAGCUGAUUAUCAGGCCAAGAAAAGAGCAAUUGUUGUCAUACAGAAUCACUACAGGUCAUACGUCAGAGUGAAAAUGGAGAGGAAGGAAUUUUUAGCCAUUCAGAAAUCUGCACGAACUAUUCAGGCUGCUUUCAGAGGCAUGAAAGUUGGACAGAAAUUAAAAGCCAUGCCCGACAAAAAGAUGGCAGCCCCCACUACCCAGCCUGCAUUCUACUGUCACAGGACUGAGAGCCGGCAUGAAGCUGGCCAGAGUCCAGCACUUGUGGCUCAAGGGCUGUAUCAAGCUUCUCUGGUUGGCCCUUCACAGGAAACAGAGCAUCAUUCUCAAAGAAAGGCUGCAGUCACAAUUCAAAUAGCUUUCCGUAAAAUGGUCACAAGAAGACUGGAAAAACGGAAGCGUGCUGCCAUGAGAAUUCAGUCCUUCCUUCAGAUGGCCGUAUAUCGCAGAAGAUUCCUUCAGCAGAAAGGGGCGGCCCUCACGUUACAGCGGUGCUUCAGGACAUGGCAAAGCAAAAGACAGUUCUUACUGUACAGAGAAUCAGAAGUAGGUUUGCAGAAUCCCCACAGAGGCUUUCUGCCUGCAAAACAUCAAAGAGAACUGUACUUACAAAUAAGGAGCAGUGUAAUCAUUAUUCAAGCUAGAGUGAAAGGAUUUAUACAGAAACGGAAGUUUCAGAAACUUAAAGAUAGCACCAUAAAAAUCCAGACUGUGUGGAGGAGACACAAAGCCAGGAAAUAUUUACGAGAAGUGAAAGCUGCCUGCAAGAUUCAAGCCUGGUUCAGGUGCUGGAAAGCACGUAAGGAGUAUCUGGCUGUGUUAAGAGCUGUUAGAAUCAUUCAGCAUUGCUUCUGCACCCAACAGCAGAGAAGACGGUUUUUGAAUGGGAGAGCAUCAGCAGCCAUCAUUCAGAGAAGAUGGAGAGCUGCACUCUCUGGAAGAGCAACUCAUGAACAACCCUUAAUGAUGCAAAGAGAUCAAGCUGCUUGUUUGAUCCAAGCAAAUUUCAGAGGAUAUAAAGCAAGGCAGGUGUUUCUCCAGCAGAAGUCAGCUGCUUUGACCAUACAGAGAUACAUACGAGCCAGGAAGGCUGGGAAGCAUCAGAGGAUGAAAUAUGUCAAAAUAAAAAAAUCUAUAGUUGUCCUACAAGCACUGGUGCGUGGUUGGCUUGUAAGAAAAAGGAUCUCAGAGCAGAGAGCCAAAAUUCGGCUUCUUCACUUUGCAGCAGCUGCCUUUUAUCACCUGUCUGCUCUUAGAAUUCAAAGAGCCUACAGACGUCACAUGGUUCUGAAGAAGGCUAAUAAUAAACAGCUUAAUUCAGCCAUCUAUAUUCAGAGAUGGUUUCGAGCAAGAUCACAGCGUAAGAGGUUUCUUCAGGAAUACAGCAUCGUAAACAUUCAGCAUGAAGCUCAAGAAUGUGCGAGCCGGCGCAGCAUGGCUGCGUCUGUAAUACAGAAAGCUGUCCGCUGCUUCCUCCUCCGUAAAAAGCAGGAAAACGUUAACAAAAGAAUUGCUAAAAUUCAGGCACUAUGGAGAGGAUAUUCUUGGAGGAAGAAAAAUGAUAAUACAAAAACUAAAGCCAUUCGACAGAGACUUCAGUGUGUUAACAGGGAGAUUCGAGAAGAAAACAAGCUCUACCACAGAACAGCAGUGGCCCUGCACCAUCUCCUAACGUACAAGUACCUUUCCACCGUGCUUGAGGCCCUGAAGCACCUGGAGUCAGUUACUAGAUUGUCUUCAAUUUGCUGCGAGAAGAUGGCCCAGAGUGGAGCAAUCUCCAAAAUAUUUGUCUUGAUCCGAAGCUGUAACCGGAGCGUCCCGUGUAUGGAGGUCAUCACAUACGCUGUGCAGGUCUUGCUUAAUGUCGCCAAGUAUGAAAAGACGACUUUGGCGAUUUAUGAGGUUGAAAACUGUGUAGAUACCCUGCUGGAGCUUCUGCAGAUGUACCAGGAAAAGUCUGGUGACAAAGUUGCCGACAAGAGCAGAAGCAUUUUCACAAAAACCUGUUGUUUGUUGGCUGUUUUAUUAAAGAUGACAACUCGAGCUUCAGAUGUUCAAAGUAGGUCCAAAGUUAUCGACCGUAUUUAUAGUCUCUACAAACUUACAGCUCAUAAGCAUAAAGUGAAUACUGAAAGAGUCCUUUGUAAACAAAAGAAGAAUUCUUCUGUGAGCCUUUCCUUUUUUCCAGAAACACCUGUAAGAACCACAAUGGUUUCAAGACUCAAACCAGACUGGGUUUUGAGAAGAGAUAAUGUGGAAGAAAUCAUGACUCCUCUGAAAGCUAUUCAGAUGGUGAUGGACACGCUCAGCCUUCCUUAUUAGCAGAGGCAAGCGUCUCGGCGUGUACAGGAAGACGCAGGAAAGCUCAUCAUGCAGAUGGAAAGCGUUUUUAGGUUUCUUUGUACAAUUUUUAAAAAUCUGACUUUGUGUUAAAAAGAUAUAUGUAACAAAUAAACUUUAUAUAUUCUUUCUCUUA